CCGAGUCCCCGGGAGCUGGGGCUGCUGGAUGGAAAAGCGACCCCCCCCCACCCCGCAGCCCCGCUUGCAGGGGAUCCGGGCAGAGCCGGUGCCUGGGCUGGGGGGCAGCGCGCCCUUGGGAUUCGCACCGCGGCGAGUGACAGGCUGGGCGGAGGAGGAAAUGCUUCCUGAAUGGGGCUGAAACCGCAGCCGCUGGAAUAUGCAGCCCGGGGGCCUUCCUGGCAGUGCAAACGCAGUGGCCUGCGCCAAGGAGCCGAUCGCCACGUCGCGUGGGGGGGCCACGGCCGGGAGGCAUGGUGACAACUUUCAAGGUCGCCGUGCUUGGGGCUCAAGGGGUCGGGAAGAGCGCCAUCGUCCGCCAGUUCCUCUACAACGAGUUCAGCGAGGCGUGCGCGCCCACCAAGACGCGGCGUGUCUACCUGCCGGCCGUGGUCAUGAACGGCCACGUGCACGACCUACAGAUCAUGGACUUCCCACCCAUCACAUCUUUCCCAGUUAACACGCUGCAGGAGUGGGCGGACGCAUGCUGCAGGGGGCUCCGGAGCGUCCACGCCUACAUCCUAGUCUAUGACAUCUGUUGCUUUGACAGCUUUGAGUACAUCAAAACUAUUCGACAACAGAUCCUAGAAACGAGGGUCAUCGGCACCACCGAGACCCCCAUCAUCAUUGUGGGCAACAAGCGGGAUCUGCAGAGGGGCCGGGUGAUUCCCCGCUGGAACGUCUCCAACCUGGUGAAGAAGACCUGGAAGUGCGGCUACAUCGAGUGCUCAGCCAAGUACAACUGGCACAUCCUGCUGCUCUUCAGCGAGCUGCUCAAGAGCGUGGGCUGCGCCCGCUGCAAGCACGUCCACACCACCAUCCGCUUCCAGGGGGCCCUGCGCAGGAACCGAUGCACCAUCAUGUGAAGCCCUGCUCGCCACCCCCUGCUCC